ACCAUUACUCAAAUUUGAAACAAAUAAUUUAGCCUUCUCAAUCAUCUUCUAAAUUGAAUACUAGCUAGAAAUAUUCCAGCUGAUGUUCUGCGACUAGUCUCAACAACGUUGUUAUAUUAUUAGAAUGUUUCUUUAAAUGGCACGUUGCAUUCACUUGUUCUUAGCAGUUUGCAGGUGAUGAUUCCAAUUAACCGUUGAACGUAACCAACACGUUUCACUCAUCUAUUUCGACACUUCUAAGGUGGUGCUUUUCCUUUCAUACGCAUCAUCACUGUGCUGACCCAGAAGGCUUUAAACCUUCAUCGAUCACAAAAGCAACUUUUUUUUGACUCAAUUUCCAAUUUCCUGAUCUGGGUCUCUUUCCUUUUCAAUUAAUUCAUCCAAACAGGGUUGCAUUAAUUGCAGUUUGAAUAUCAGUUUGUGCAUGAAGAUGAGCAUAAAGUUGAGUUUCUUGUUGUUUGUUUGGGUUCUGCUAUUGGGGAGUUGUUUGGGCAGGUUUGUGGUGGAGAAGAAUAGCUUGAAGGUCACUUCUCCGAAAUCUUUGAAGGGUUUAUAUGAAUGUGCGAUUGGGAAUUUUGGGGUUCCUAAGUAUGGAGGAACAUUGAUUGGUUCUGUUGUGUACCCAAAUGUGAAUCGGAUGGGAUGCAAGAACUUCACUGAUUUCAAUGCUUCGUUUCAGUCCAAGCCUGGAGUUUUCCCCACCUUUGUUCUUGUUGAUCGUGGAGAAUGCUACUUCACCUUGAAGGCGUGGAACUCACAAAAUGCUGGAGCAGCAGCUAUACUUGUAGCCGAUGACAGGACAGAAUCAUUGAUCACCAUGGACACUCCUGAAGAAGGGCAUAUUGCAAAUGACGAUUAUGUAGAGAAGAUUAGCAUUCCUUCUGCUCUUAUCAGUAAAUCCUUGGGGGAUAGCAUCAAGGAGACUCUCUCCAAGGAGGAGACAGUCUACGUAAAUCUUGAUUGGCGAGAGGCUCUUCCACAUCCCGACGAGAGAGUUGAGUAUGAAUUGUGGACGAAUAGCAAUGAUGAGUGUGGGCCAAAGUGUGACAAUCAAAUUAAUUUCAUGAAGAGCUUCAAAGGGGUAGCGCAGCUACUCGAACGGAAGGGGUUCGCUCAGUUUACCCCUCGCUAUAUAACUUGGUAUUGCCCUGAAGAGUUUCGCUUAAGCAAACAGUGCAAGUCUCAGUGCAUAAACAACGGAAGAUACUGUGCUCCAGACCCUGAGCAAGAUUUCAGUAAAGGAUAUGAUGGUAAAGAUGUUGUCGUUCAAAACUUACGCCAAGCUUGCUUCUUCAAAGUGGCAAAUGAAAGUGGAAAGCCUUGGCAAUGGUGGGACUAUGUGACUGAUUUUUCAAUCCGUUGCCCCAUGAAAGAGAACAAAUACACAGAAGAAUGCUCUGAUCAAGUUAUUAAAUCUCUCGGUGUUGAUCUGAAGAAGAUUAAAGACUGUGUUGGGGAUCCUAAUGCAAAUGUUGAAAACCCUGUUCUUAAGGCUGAACAGGAGGCACAGAUUGGCAAAGGCUCUCGCGGUGAUGUUACGAUACUACCUACUCUUGUUAUAAACAACAGACAGUAUAGAGGUCAGCUGUCAAGACCAUCAGUUCUCAAGGCAAUCUGUGCAGGUUUCCAAGAGACCACUGAACCAUCAAUUUGCUUAACUCAAGACAUGGAAACAAAUGAGUGUUUGGAAAACAAUGGUGGUUGUUGGCAGGACAAAUCUUCUAAUAUUACUGCAUGCAGGGAUACUUUCCGUGGAAGAGUGUGUGAAUGCCCUAUUGUGCAAAAUGUGAAGUUUGUAGGUGAUGGAUAUACUCACUGUGAAGCUUCAGGAGUCUUGAGCUGUGAAGUCCACAAUGGAGGUUGUUGGACGGGAGCACAAGGUGGCAGGGUUUACUCUGCUUGUCAUGAUGACUACAUAAAAGGUUGUGAGUGUCCAACUGGGUUCAGAGGUGAUGGAGUCCGGUCAUGUGAAGAUAUUGAUGAGUGCAAUGAGAAAUUGGUUUGCCAGUGCCCGGAGUGCAAAUGCAAAAAUACCUGGGGGAGUUAUGAAUGCAAAUGCGGUAGUGGUUUGUUCUACUCACGAGAAAAUGACUUGUGUAUUGGUAAAUAUACUGCUUAUACUGCUUCGGUGAGUAUUUGGAUGAUUAUCCUGGUUGUGGUUGUUGCUGCUUCUGGAGGAUAUGCGUUUUACAAGUAUAGAAUCCAGAGAUAUAUGGAUUCUGAGAUAAGGGCAAUUAUGGCCCAAUACAUGCCCUUGGAUAAUCAACCUCAGAACCCUAGUCAAGUGCAUUACGAUAUCUAGAAGAUUUUGGGACUCUUUUUUCUGUAAAUUAGAACAACCUCUACGGCUGAAUGAAGAUAAACGAUAGCAGCUGAGCACUCAUCAGCAUGCUUAGUAUAUUUUCAUGCUUCUGCUCUUCCUUUUUUUUGUUCUUACACCUCUAUCUCCUAGCGGGUCAUUUGUUUCUUUGUUAUUUAGCUUUGUAAAUUUCAAACCAAUGUGGUUUUGACAUUACCCUCUGACUCUUUUUCCUGAUGUAGGAACAGUAUUUAUAUGAAAUUUAUGUCUUUUUUCUCCA